AUGGCCUUUGGGGAUGGAAUGGAGUUGAGUUUUGUUCUUGUUCUCAUGACUCAUUUCCAGUGUUUGAAUCAAUUGACCAUGUUGUUAGUCAGUCUGUGUGCUUUGUUAAUACGACAAAUACAAGGCAGGAGAAAUAACAAAAGGAGAGUAACGUUGGAUCAUUGUCGCAGGGCUAGGGUUAGGGAAGUUGACUUCCUCAGAAUUGUUCAUAUAAGUGACACUGCUUGUAUUGAGAAUACAAGGAUGGACAGAAGGUGUUUUCAUAAAUUGUGUGAGUUGGUCAAAACAGUUGGGAGGCUUGAACCAACUGCUCAUAUGGGUGUGGAAGAGAUGGUUGCAAUAUUUCUGCACAUAUUGGCUCAUGAUGUCAAGAAUAGGAUUAUAAAAAGACAAUUCAUGAGGUCCGGUGAAACUAUCAGUAGGCAGUUCUCAAAUGUGUUACUCGCUGUGUUACGUUGUCAUGUUGUUUUACUAAAACGGCCUGAGCCAGUUGCGGAGAAUUCGACUGAUGAAAGAUGGAAGUGGUUCAAGAUAAAUCCCUUGCUUGCUGACAAGCCAAGAUACCGUACUAGGAAGGGUGACAUAGCAACAAAUGUGUUAGGUGUUUGUUCUCAAGAUGGUCAGUUCAUUUUCGUAUUGCCUGGAUGGGAGGGGUCAGCUGCAGAUUCAAGGGUUCUACGAGAUGCAAUCUCGCGGCCGCACGGGUUAAAGGUGCCAAAAGGUUACUAUUACCUGUGUGAUGCUGGAUACAUGAACGGUGAAGGUUUCCUGACACCGUAUAGAGGACAAAGAUAUCAUCUCACUGAAUGGAGGAAUGGGCCUCAACCAAGGACACCACAAGAAUUUUUUAAUAUGAAGCACUCAUCCGCAAGGAAUGUCAUAGAGCGAUGUUUUGGUAUGUUGAAGGGGCGGUGGGCAAUUGUCAGAUCUAAGUCAUUUUAUCCGGUUAAGACGCAAUGCAGGAUUACAACAGCUUGUUGCUUGCUUCAUAACCACAUAAGAAGAGAAAUAACAAUGGAUCCUUUAGAGGCUGCUGAAGUGAACAUCCAUCAGGGUGAAGAUGAGAUUGGAGGAAAUGAUAUGAUUACUCAUGUUGAGUCUUCCAAUGCAUGGUCGCUUCAGAGGGAUGAAAUGGCGCAUAAUAUGUUUAACGCGUGGAGGAGUCGUGCUUGA